AUGAUAUUGUGUUCUGUAUCAGGAUCACAUUUACCAUGGUAUGGAUUAUUAUUGGCUGUGGGACUUGCAUGUGUUAUGGUUUUGCCUAUAGGAAUAAUUCAAGCUAUAUCCAAUAAUCAAGUUGGUCUUAACGUUGUAACAGAGAUGAUAUGCGGUUACAUAUUUCCGGGACGUCCAAUUGCCAAUGUUUAUUUUAAAUGUUAUGGAUAUAUGGCGAUGCAUCAAUGUUUAGCCUUUGUAUCUGACCUAAAACUUGGACAUUAUAUGAAAAUUCCUCCCAAAGCCAUGUUUGCGGCACAAUUAUGGGGCACAAUAGUAGGUGCCUUUAUAAAUUAUUGGCUACUUCAAUUAAUUAUAGCGGCAAAAAGGCCAUUUUUGGAUGGGACAAUGAAAGAUCCAACUGGUCAAUGGACAGGUUAUCGUUCACAAGUUUUCAAUACAGCAUCAAUAGUAUGGGGACUAAUUGGACCUGGUAAAACUUUUGGCCAAGGAUCUAUAUAUCAUCCAUUAUUGUGGGGAUUUUUAUUAGGGUUUCUUGCACCUGUUCCCAUUUAUUUGUUACAUAAAAGAUAUCCAAAGGCCAAAUUCCAUUUAAUUACGAUUCCUUUAAUUUGUAACGGUUUAGGACUCUUACCUGGGACUUAUACAAAUUUCAUAAUAUCUGGUUUUGUUGCAGCAUUCUUGAGCCAAUAUUGGGCUUUUAGAUAUCACCGUAAGUGGUGGAAUAAGUAUAAUUAUCCGCUUUCUGCUGCAUUUGAUAGUGCUGCACAGAUAGUCACGAUGUUUAUUUUCUUCUUUUUCAACGUUAUGUUCCAGGCCGAUUUCCCUGAAUGGUAUGGGAAUAAUGCUCAAACGCAAGGAGAAAGAUGUUUUCCAGACCCUCAUAAAAUGUAA